AUGAUCAUCCUGAUUGUCGAGGUCAUGGUUGAGGGUGUCUUGCGUCGUCGAUUUGUCAUGUACCCCCAGCUCGAAUCCUCCGACGCUAGGGCUCAAAUUCAAAAAGCCUUCGUCGCAGUUAUUGGCCAGGCCGUUAACAACCGCUGCAUCUGCGAAGCUAUUUGGUUCGUCAUCAUCUUCCAUGCCGUCAUAGUGGCGCAUGAUGGAUCAGGCGGUACUGCCGGUAAUUCGCUCAUUGAGGACGACGGAGUGCCAUUGGUAGAUUUCGACCGCUUCAUAUCGCCGGAAUGUUCCGAUGACGCAGCAGUCGAACCAACGGAUUCCGAGGGCCGGGUUUCCAUGCGGCGUUUGUGUGGUCUGCUAGUCAACAUGUCGCCAGCAUAA